CAACGAUAUAUCAACACGGGCUCUCUUGUCCAUCACAUUCCAUGACUCUCAUCACGAGUUUACCUCUGCGUAUAAUAACCGCCUGGCUACAAUGAGUGGACGGCUCAUAACAGCCAGGCUUCAGCCCUUGGCUCAACGAGUCUCCACUGGUGCAGCGCGUCAUUUCCAUCACUACACCUCUUCAUCCGCCGGUGGACUCCUCAGAUCCGAUGCUGCAGUGCGGGCUGCACGCCGGCAGAUAUGGCCUGUAGGGAAUACUCCAUUCUCGAAUGCCGUGGCCGUUAGGAAUGCCUCCUUCAUGCGGAUCUUACCGCAACUGCUUCUUAAAUUUGCGAGGAUACCGGCUCUAUUCGGAGGAGUUACAAUUGCGGGGUUGGCUUAUGUGCAAUAUCAGGCUACGCAGGCUGGCAAUUAUGCCAUGGAUGUUUUCUCACGAACUAAGUCGACGUUGACUGGCGUUGCCGGAGGAUUAUUCGGAGGCGCGAAAGAUAUCGCCGAUCAGACUUGGAGAGGGUGGGAAAACACAAAGGAGCAAGUGGAAUUACCAGACUGGAUGCAAAAGAUUCUUCGAAUCCAUGAAGAGAUUGGUGAAGACAAAGGCCAAGGCGGCGGAUCAGGGGGUCCAGAACCACCGAAAGAAAGUAGGGCGGGCGCUGGCGCUGCUGCCGUUGCUGGCAGUGCUGCUGCAUAUGGAUAUGAUCAAUCUUCGGAAGACGAUCCGCGGUCUGGCAAUGAGGUUGCUAGGGAUGAUCAAAUGAUGGUCUUGACAAAGAAGAUGAUCGAGAUUCGGAACAUAUUACAAACGGUUGGACAAUCGAAUGCCUUGACUUUACCCUCGAUAGUGGUCAUUGGUUCCCAGUCAUCUGGAAAGAGCUCUGUAUUAGAGGCAAUUGUUGGGCAUGAAUUCUUACCAAAAGGAUCCAAUAUGGUUACCCGAAGGCCCAUCGAAUUGACUCUUGUCAAUACCCCGGAUUCUCAAGCGGAGUAUGGGGAAUUUCCUUCCCUUGGUCUAGGAAAGAUCACAGACUUCUCGCAUAUUCAAAGGACUUUGACGGAACUAAACUUGGCUGUUCCAGACUCCGAAUGUGUUUCGGACGAUCCCAUUCAGCUCACGAUAUCAUCACCCCAUGUUCCUGACUUGUCGCUCAUCGACUUGCCUGGUUACAUUCAAGUCGUUGGCCACGGUCAGCCUUUGGAACUGAAGCAGAAAAUCUCAGACCUCUGUGAUAAAUACAUUCAACCCCCUAACGUCAUCUUGGCAAUCUCAGCUGCAGACGUGGAUCUGGCGAACUCCACUGCACUGCGAGCAAGUCGAAGGGUUGAUCCACGAGGAGAACGAACAAUAGGUGUCGUAACGAAAAUGGAUCUCGUUGACCCCAUGCGAGGAGCUUCAAUUCUCAAUGACAAAAAGUACCCCUUACGACUUGGCUAUGUGGGUGUCAUAUCACGAGUUCCACCACAAUCCGCCUCCCUCUGGAAGAAAGGAAGCGACAGCAUCUCCUCAGCAAUCACAAAGAAUGAAAAUACAUAUUUCUCCGCUCAUCCUCUAGAAUACGGUCCCGAGGCAGGAUUGAACGUGGGGACCACCACCUUGCGCAAGAAAUUAAUGCAAGUACUAGAACAGACUAUGGCUGCAUCCCUCCAGAGCACAAGCGCAGCCAUCCAACAAGAGCUUGAAGAGGCUACCUAUGAAUUCAAGGUCCAAUAUAACGACCGACCUCUAUCCGCCGAGUCAUAUCUUGCUGAGUCCCUUGAUGCGUUCAAGCAUUCCUUCAAAGAAUUUGCCGAAUCUUUCGGUCGACCACAAGUCCGGGAGAUGUUGAAGGAAGAACUAGAUCAGCGGGUGCUUGACCUGCUGGCAGCACGAUACUGGAAUAAACCGAUUACAUCACUAUCGCCCACACCACCUGAACCCGCUUCCCUUGUCGAUUUACCCACUGCCCAUCCUGAUUCUUUAUAUUGGCAUCGCAAACUCGACGCCUCGACGUCUGCGUUAACGAAAAUCGGCAUUGGCCGCCUAGCUACUACAGCCGUUUCCAACGCUCUCCAGGCACACGUCGAUCGCCUGGUAGCACAAAGUACAUUUGCAUCCCACCCUUUCGCUCGGCAAGCCAUCACUGAAGCUGCUUCUGGGAUAUUAAACGAGAGAUUCUACAGUACCAGUGAUCAAGUGGAGAAUUGCAUCAAGCCGUACAAAUACGAAAUUGACGUCGAGGACGUGGAAUGGGCCCGUGGGCGGGAAAAUGUAGCGGGUGUCUUGAAGAAUGAGUUGAAGGCGGUGGAGGAAGCGACCGAAAUGCUGGAGAAGGAGGUCGGGGGACGAAAGAGACUUAAGGAGGUGGUUGGUUUUGUGGAGAAGUGUAGGAAGGGCGAGAUAACGGUUGAGGGUGAUGGGGCUACGGGUGCGGGUGGAUUCAGCAGGGAACUGUUGCAGAAAGGCAAAGAAGCAUCUUUCCUCUCCGAUCGGGCCGCCCUAAUCCGCAUGCGAAUGGCAGCUGUGAAAUCCAAACAGUGCGCCUCUUUGAAAAACAAAUACUACUGUCCUGAAAUCUUCCUCGACGUAGUAUCCAGCAAGCUGACUUCAACCGCCGUCCUAUUUCUGAACGUCGAACUUCUCUCCGAAUUCUUUUACUCUUUCCCGAGAGAGUUGGAUAUCAGGCUAGGAAGAGGUUUGAGUAAAUAUGAGGUGGAGCGCUUCGCGAAAGAAGAUCCGAAGAUCAAAGCGCAUCUCGAAGUUAUAAGACGCAAGGAGUUACUGGAGCUGGCGCUGAACAAAAUGGAAGGAUUGAGAGAAUUGGACGUCCAGGAGAAGACGAGGCGGGUUAGGGAUAUCAAGAAAGAGAAAAACAGGAGUAGUGGCUGGUCUUUAUUCUGAGGUCAAGAAAUUUGAUUCUAAUAGGAAGCGUGGAUCGUAACCAGGUACGGCAAGCAACCGGGUGUGGCGUUUGGGCUGAGUUUGGAAUGUGAUAUCCCCCUACCUUUGCAUCUCCUUAUCUAUCCCCUCUUCUUGAUUUUGCUUCGGCGUGGUGGUAGAUUUCGGUGUCUUUCUUUGGUCCUCCUUAACACGAGCGUAUGAACUAUAUGUAUAUACAACACUCCGAGACUACUUUCCUUACUUCAAAAAAAACUUCACUUGAACUCAAUUGUCAAUUGUAAUAUGACUGGCGGG